AAAUUAGCAAGACUAAAGCCAAACUAAAGAGAUUAAACAGGAAGGGCACCAAACAGCAAAGAGAAAAAUUUAAAAAUUCCUGGAAAAAGUUUGCCAUCUUAAACAGUGAUAUUGUGACUGCUGAACAAUGGCAGGACAAGAUAACAACAUUAGAAAGAAAGAACACCGAUUUAGAAGAAGUUAAUUGCGAUUUGGGCAACCAAGUGGAAAAUUGGACCAGGGACUAUGCAAACUUAGAACAAUCAAAAAAAAUACUUUUUGAAGAAAUGGUUGAAGAAAUGGAGAGUGAAAUUGACAAAGAGAAGGAAAACAGUAAAAAAAUGAACGCCGAAAUUAAAAAGCUGAAGAGAUUGGAUGGUCGUGUAACACAUAAAUUAACUCCCCUGGAAACUGUAUCGAACAAACAAAGAAAAAGGAGAAUAUCUGAGUUUUCAUCAAAUGCUCAAAAAGCCUUAUGGUUCUCUGAAGCGUUUGGUUUUCAUCUUGACACAAUGCUGGUGACAGAUGACCAUGCUAACAGAUACAAAAUCCCGUUAAGAGAAACAAUGCCCAAGUUAAAUAUGUGCCAGCCCAAAUACCAGUACAAGAGCCUUCAGGGUGUGCAAAGCACUAUGAACGGUUGA